AUGGUAUCUUUUGAUGUUUUAGCACCUAAGCGAGAAGAGGUCAAACGUCUUCCUGGUGGGAAGAUAAAGAAAAAGGAGAAGCAAGAAGUUGUAAUUGAAAAGGUCAUACGCAACAAACGAAAAUGUAUCACCACUGUGAAAGGCCUGGACCUUUUUGGAAUUAAGCUUAGUGAAGCUUCAAAGAAACUUGGGAAAAAGUUCGCCACAGGAGCUUCUAUUGUCAAGGGACCAACUGAGAAAGAGCAAAUUUAUGUUCAAGGGGAUAUAGCUUAUAAUAUCGUGGAGUUCUUAACAGAAACAUGGCCUGAUAUCCCAGAAACUGCAAUUUUCUUUAUAGAGGAUGGAAGAAAGGUUCCAGCUGCUUGA